AUGAGCCCGCCGGACUCCCAAGCAAAAAAGAAGCGGUGGCACCGCAGGAGCUUCUUUGGUACGAAAUCCGGCAAUGAUUCUAGCGGCACGCCAAAACAAGAUAAUAUUGCUGUUUUGCGAUCAGACGACCAGACUUCGGCAUCGAGUCAAGGUACUCAGAUAAGAAGCGGUAGAAAGGCAAAGAUUACCGAUGCUGUAGCAUCAGUUUUCUCAGUGGCUGCUCUGGGGGUUCAAUUGCCGAAUAACACAAAUAGUAGUUUAGGACAGCUAGCUGCUACAUCCACAAGCCAGCCCCUAUUGACGACUACCCAAAGCCUACCGGUACCAACUGCAUCAGCUACCUAUACCACGAGACCACUAUCUGGAAAUAUACCGGCUGCUACUGGGAAUUUGGUUAUUGCUGGCAAUGGUCCAUGGGCAGAAGCAAUCAACAAGCUCCCAAAAGACGAACGAGAACUAUUAGUUCCAGGGGGGCAGUCGAUCGAUUCCGGCGAAGUCAUUGUCAACAAUUUCAUCAGCGAAAUUGAGGGCCUCCGCGAUAAGCAAAAAUCUCAAGAGUGGAAAAUAGAAAUAGGAGAGCACAAGAUCAUACUUCGGGAUAUUUCCGAAAAGAUCAUUGUCUGGCUUAAGACCUUCAAAGAAGUGGGGGAUAUAGCUGUUCAAUACGACCCAGUUCAUGCGGCACUACCAUGGGCAGGUGUCCGAUUCAUGCUUCAGAUGGCAAUAUCAAACUCAGAAGCCAGAGACGCCAUCUUAAUUGGUACCGAGCAAGUUAUCUGGAUGAUUGGUAGAUAUGCAGCCUAUGAGAAAAUGUAUCUGGGGUUUAACCUUGAGUUUGAAGAGAGCCUGAAAAAGAGUCUUGUGAAAUUUUAUGGGACCAUAAUUCAGUUCCUCAUAAAAUCGAAGAAGUUCUUCGACCGCUCAAAAAUUGAAUCCGUCGCGAAGGCCGUGUUUCCGUCCACUUACUCUAAAGAGCUGGAUAUUCUACAAAAAGCUGAAGCGAACGCGAUGAAAGAUGUAGAAGUUGCGAGAUCACAAAAAAUCAAUUCGUCUGAUAAAAGCAACUCUGAGAUGAUCCAGAAGUUAACUGAACUUCUCAACAAAUUUAACGAGCCUAUCUCUAGGAUUGACGAAAAAGUAGGAAAAAUAAAUGAUAUGCUUGACGACGAAAAACGUGGACAGGCCCUUGAAUGGGCCUCGCCGAUCAACCAUGACCAAGAUCAUAACUACUAUGCAUCGAAAAUAACACCUGGGACUUGUUCCUGGCUACAUCGAAAUGAAGAUUUUCUUAACUGGCGGAAAUCGAGCUCCUCUUCAAUAUUCUGGUUGACGGGUAAUGGCAAGGCAUCUGUCAUCCGAUUGCUUUUGGACGAAGGACGAGGGUCAAGCAGUCACGAUUGUGUCGCCUACUUUUAUUGUGACGCCAAAUCGAACGAAUCAAUGACAGACACAGGCCGUGUGGUUGGAUCCCUCUUAAAACAAAUGGCCACCUUGCGUCCUGGCCAGUUUUUACAGUUACCCAUAGCCGACGAAUUCCAACAAAGAAUUAAAUCGGGAAAUACCAAAUCGCCACCCACAUUUGAAGAAUCCAAAGCACUUAUAUCAAGAAUUGCUUGUGAACAGCUGUAUCCAAGCAUAAACAUUGUUAUAGAUGCUUUAGAUGAGUGCCAAGAUGGGCCUGAGGGCCGGCGUAUGUUAAUCAAGAUGUUGAUUGAGCUAGUUCGGGACUCCAAUUGUCUUGUCAAGAUAUUUUUGUCCAGUCGGCCAAGCGAGCGGGACAUUAAUAUCAGCCUUAAGGAUGUUCCUAGCUAUCAUAUCAAGUUAAAAGACACAUCAGCCGACGUUAGCUUUUUUAUCGAUUCAAAAAUGCAAGAGUACGAAGAUGGCGGUCUGUUUCUUCCCGGGGCAACGUCAAAAGAGCAGCGGGAAAGGUUGAAGAUUGAGGUUGCUGGGAAACUAAAAGAAAAAUGUCAAGGAAUGUAA